AAGUUGAGCCAACGUCCGGCCGAGCUAAGCCAGUUGUUUGGGAACUCAUGCGAUCGGCGCUAUGUAGCGAAAUAAUGUUUUAUCUUUUAUUCUCUUAUAUUUUGACAAUUUGCACGAAAUGUGUACUCUGCGUAUAUCACGAAAACACGCACUGUACGUUAGAUGACUGUGAGUACAAGCCUCACGGACCACUGGUCCUCUGCAAAAACUUGCCAUUAGAUUUCCUGCAGUGCUCGGAUAUUUUGGACCUCCAAGGAAACGAAACUGCGCGGGAAGAGCUGGGCUACGGGUGCACUAAGUUUGGAGGAUCAAAAUACGAGGACGUCCAGUUUACUGCAGUCAACUGUUCUGUUCUGCCCAACAUUGAGUGCUACGGCAACCGCACUUUUUUAAAGGACGGCUUUCCAUGCAUUAAGUACACUGGGCACUACUUCACCACAGCGCUUCUCUAUUCAAUACUGCUAGGCUUUUUGGGAAUGGACCGCUUUUGUUUAGGCCACACAGGCACAGCAGUUGGAAAGCUGCUAACACUUGGUGGUGUUGGCAUCUGGUGGAUAGUUGACAUUGUUUUAUUAAUAUCUGGCAAUUUGAUGCCACAAGAUGGUAGCAAUUGGAUGCCUUCUGUAUGAAAAGUAUUUGUGGUUACUGUCUCUUCAUUGAAGUGUUCUUCCUUGUCCCAUGGAAAACCAUCAUCAACAC